AAACUAAAUUAGGGGUCCUCUUGUUCUAUCUUCUUCUACAUCUCCUCAGCCGUUUCCUCCGGAGGAUUCCGAUCCCUCUUCUCUUUAUUUAUUCCUUUGGUCUCUGAAUCUUUCUCAUACCUACUUUGAGCUCCAACUCUUCUUCAUCAUAUUGCUUUGCUUGAUUUGGGUUUUCGUCUCCUUGCGGAAUAGAUUUCGAGGAUCCAAUUUUAGUUUUUUUUUUCCUUUUUUCGCCGCCAUGAGUUCCUCGAUCCAGAUCGUUGCUGAGAAGCAAUUGGAUGUUUUGCCUCUUCAUGAUCAGGAUGAAAGGAAGACUCAGGAAGUGGGCAAUGAGCAGAGUUUCGGGAACCAUGGCGGCUGUUGUGCAAUAUGCUUGGAUACUAUACCUCUUCAAGAAACAGCUAUGGUUAAAGGCUGUGAGCAUGCUUACUGUGUGACGUGCAUACUCCGUUGGGCUAGUUACAAAGAGAAACCUACCUGCCCCCAAUGUAAGCUUCCAUUUGACUUUCUCAAUGUCCACCGUGCUCUCGAUGGAAGUGUUGAAGAUUUUAUGUUCGAGGAGAGUGUAUGCCUCCUUUUGAGGGCAGCGUGGUUUCAGCCACUGGAAGCAGUGGAGCGGGUUUCAGAUAAUGACAAUUUUAAUUAUGAUUUCGAUAUUCCACCUGAGUACGAAGAAGAGGAGGACGAUGAUGACCUUGACGAGUUUUAUUUGCAAGGUUCAAAUCUUCGUUUAGGAAACCGGAGGUGGGGUGACAAUGGAUUUGUCAGAGCAGGCCGCCAAGAAGCAAGACCGGUCCAACAUAAGAACCGAGGUGGCCAGGCUUCUGGCUCUGAACCCGCCUCUUCAUCCUCACGUGAGCCAAAGGAUAAGACUAGCAAUGCCAUAACAGGAAGGCGUGCGAAGAGGGCAAUGAAGCGUGAAGCUGCAAACAAAGCUGCAGAAGCAGUAGCAGCUGCAAAGCAUGAGGCGCUUUUGGUUAGGUUGGGAAGGAAAUGAUCGUGGUUGUAUCUCUGUAAUUAAAUCAACCCUCAACCAAAAAUCCUCUGACUUCCAUACUUGGGAAUUUGUAUAUCAGUAGAAUUUAAUAAUGGUAGAACAACAAAAGAGUCUGAACCUUUGUCAAAGAUCCUUUGCUAGAUUUGAUUUAUUUAGUCUACUACUUAUCAUUUGCUUGA